AUGGCCUCGCAUAAUGCCUUCACAUCGCCUUCUCGGCAAGCAACGAGUCGUGAUGCUUUCGUCAUCGAGUCCUCCUCGCCUGAUCUACCCCCUUUCAAGGACCUUUUGUCUCAAACAUCCAAUGCAUCGAAGCAACUUAGCAAAGGGACAACGAGGAAAGGCUCGGACAUUACUGCAUCGAAACCCCCGGCGACUACCAAAGAACGUAAAAGGCCGAAUGCCUCGACAUCGAAAUAUUGGAAGUUGACAUCGUCUAUUGAAACGCCUGUGGUCAUUGAUGACACACCCCCUACCGAAAAAUAUCAUAAUUCUCGGGUUCAAUUUCCAAAUGAAUCAUCGAAGCCUGGCCCUUCCGAUGUCUUGGGCCAAGGUCACCGGUCACCAGACCAGCCUUGGAAGGCAUACAAAAUAUCACCGCCUAGAAUAGAAAUGGAAGGAGGAAUAAUGUCGAGGCCUCCGAGAUUUGUCUCGAACAUUCCGGAUUCAGAAGAUUGCGUCGUGAUGGUGGAUGAAAAUUCUAAGUCAAUCAUGGAAGGUCAACCUCUCGAAACGCCCAAAUCGCACCCUGAAAAGAUGGGCGCAAAAGAGGACCCAUCUUUGCCACUCAAUCUGGAGCAGGCCGUGGCUCGAAGAUUGGACUGGACUCCUCCAGAAACAAAGAAAGCUAUUUGUGAUAAUUUGGCGUCAGUAUUUGAAAUCGGGACAUCUCCGUUUAGGGACGAGGAGCAAGUCACAGGGUUGAAGACUAUUUUGGCUGGGUGUGGAUAUGAAGCGCCAGAAGAAAACUAUAGGCCGAUUCCAAAUGCCGAGAAUUCGGGAUUUCUGAACAAGCGCAAGCUCAUCGAGCUUGUCCCUGCUACCAGCGCGAACUCCACGACUCCUGAACCCCAAGAAGAGUCCCCAACGAAGCCCAAGGCCCCCAAGAAAAAGCCCCGCACCAUUACUGAACUGGCCACUGCUGCGUAUAAGCUUCCGACCAAUGACGUGGUUGCCGAAGCUUCUGCAACAGUCGCCGGAGAGACUGAGAGCAAAUCUACUGAUCUUGCCGGCCCCACUGCCAACGGCAAGGCGAAAUCGAAACCUCGCAAGAAAGCAGCAAAGCCAGCCAAAAAGAGAGAGCCGAAAAAGGCUGUCCUUCUCUCACCGAAUACCGCCUUGAAAGCGGCAGAGAAUCAAAAUUUUCUUUUCGGUACUUCAAGCCAACUUGCAAGAGAGCAAUCCCCCACGCUCUUGCGUCAGAUUCAGGCGGCUAUGAAGAGUUCAGUCGAAUUCGAUGAUUCACACAUCCUGGACGUUCCCGUUAAUAGCGACUUGGUUGAGCCCCAGGUACAAAAGCCCAAAUUAUGGGAAGCAGCUGCGAGGAAUUUGGACGGAGACUUGUUUGAUGUAGAAAUUGUAGACCUUGUGGGAAACCCGUCAAGCCCCCCACAAAGUGAAGUUCCCAAAGAUCCAUUUGGCUACAUUGGAGCCGAGAAUGAGCCCUCACUACCACCACUGUCAGGGAUAACUACGGAUCGUGUCGACGAGACUUUUGAGACUCUUUCAGACAUACUACCACCCACCAACCCAAAAGUAUCAGUACCCGAAGACGAACCGAGCCCCUUUUCCAGCCGUCAAGUAAUUGACACCGAUGGCCAGAAACCGAAAGACGUGCCCGGAGUCCAGUCAGGCAAAACGUCAUCAAGCGCAAGCAAACUGCCUAGCACUGGGUUUGAAAGCAAUACACCACAAGACCCAGAAGCAACACCACCAUGUCCUUCAUAUGAGCUUUUCACGGAUGCUCAACUUGCAAAGGAAUUUGCUUCAUAUGGAUUUAAACCAGUGAAGAAAAGAGCAGCUAUGAUAUCACUUCUGGAGCAGUGCUGGCGAAGUAAAGUUGGUGGGGCUGGGACUAGUGCAAGGACUCUAACCACCUCAGCAACUGCAUUUCAUCCCAGAGGCAACCCAAGCCAAGUGACGGAAAAGCCGCCAAGCCCCAAACGGCCACGAGGACGUCCAAGGAAGAGUCCUACUCCUACGAUGGAGCAUGAGCAAGUACCACCUCCAUCGGGACAACCGCCUUCCUCGCCACCAAAACCUCGAAAAGCAACUAGAAAACCGAAAUCGAGCGCGGCAUCGCUUAAAUCGAAGCAGCCGGUUGAUGCUGUUCCCACCCAGGAAUCUCCCAAAAGAGGGCGCGGCCGGCCAAGAAAGUCGCCGCCAGUUGGCCUAGAGACUGGAUCCGCUGCGCCGAAGCCCAAGAGUUCUACAACUAGAACCGUGAUAGAGAUUCCAGACUCGGAAUCGGACAAUGAUGAUAACUCAUCAAUAUCUUCAAGUUCUUCACCUGAAUUAACAUCAUCCCCACCACCCAUGCCGAUGGAUCUAUCUGCUUCUAUCAACGAGGAUACGGAGCUAUCCUUAUCAGUAUCUAAUAGUGAGGACGAGGCAUCUCUUUUUGAAUAUAUAUCUACGGCGGUGGUCACGGCCCCCAGAUCAACAGACCCAGCAAACCCGAGUUGGCAUGAAAAGAUACUGCUCUAUGAUCCAAUUGUGCUUGAAGAUCUCACAGCAUGGCUCAAUCUGGGACAGUUAACACGGGUUGGGCGUGAUACUGAAGUGAGUCCUGGGGAAGUAAAGAAGUGGUGCGAAUCGAAGAGCAUUUGCUGUUUAUGGAGGGUGAACUUGCGGGGGAAGGAGCGAAAGCGAUAUUGA